CUUGCUAAAAAAAGAACGAUCAUAUUUUGAAAACGGAAGUUCAAAUUCUACGUAAACUAGUUCGGAGAAAUUUCUAAUACAAUAUCGAAUUACAAGGCUAGAUCUGAUCGAACAGACUUGUCAUAUACUACUCUGGUACUUCUCAAGAUUACGAAUGGAGGAAAGGGAUCAAGGAGCUAAAUUGCAACCUGCCAGAUCUGCCCCGCCAGCUCCCUUGGGAGGUCCAGUGAGAAGUGCUCCUUCUAGGCCACCUGGGGAUGUUGCAAGGAGUAGGCCCAGGCCAUCUUCUACUGGCCCUGGUCCUCUUAAAACACAAGAUAAUACUAACACUUACGAAGGUCGGCCACAGAUAACCAUUAUCUCCGCUCGACCUAUGAGUGAGGUCAAUUUUAGUGGUACUAAGUUACCUGAUCCAAGCGUCAGUCCAGUAGAUAGGAAUGGUUCAAUACCAAGCAAUGCAAAUGGAUUGCCAGCAAACAAGAAUGCUCCAUCUAUUCCGAUGAACCGACCAAAGGAAAAUUAUGUUCCACCACCACUACCAACAUCAAGACCAAAGGUUGCAUAUACUCCACCAAGUCGGACAAAUUCUAUACGUAGCUCAUCGGUUUCAUCACAGAGUUCUUCAUCGCAAGCAGUAUCCCCAACAGAGCAGAUGUCCCAAGAACAGUCUAACAAUGGUAGUGUUUCAGUUGGCAGCGAAUUACUAACUGCAAAUAAAUCUGAACCACCAAAACGGCCAACGUCUGGGCCACAUUUUCCAAACCCUUCACCAUCACCUAGUUCUGCAGCAAACUCACCGGCAGAGGUGAGCAGUAGUGAAAAUCUUAACCCAACUCCGAGGCCAAGAAUUAGGUCCAUCUCAGAAAAAAGCCAGUCUGGUAAAGAAGCAACACCAGAUGAUGUAUCUUCCAUCAAAAAGUCAGAGGACAGUACUGAAGAUAAUCCUCCAUCUGCACCACCUCCACUUCCAACAAAUAGACCAUCCAGAAAGUACACUGUUGUACGGCCAACAAGUAUCGAAGCAACAAAAGCUUCUGAAAAAGCUGAUAAUGUUAACAGUAAUAGUUCAAAAGAUACUACAAGUAACAAAAGUGAAAGUACACCAAUACCAAAUGAAAGGCAAACUGCAGUUGGGGAACUUGGGAAAGCUCUUGAAGCUAAUCAAAAGCCAGUUCCUCCUCAUACUGCUGUCAAACCACCCAAACCAGCUACUAAGCCUGACAAGCAACCUAAGCCUACACCUAAACCAACAGCUAGUGUAGCAUUUCCACCCCCACCAUCAAGCCCAAAGUCUGAGCAUAAAUUCAACAGCCCCUUGGCAAGACCAAGGCCUAGAGUCACAAGCACAAACUCUGAAGAAUCAUCGGAAGUUACUGAAAGCUACAAAGAUUCAAAUUCCUCUGUCGUUGUACCAAGUGCAAUAUCUGUUACUGCUGCAAUUAAGGGUCUCAACAGUAAAAUUUCUGCAAAGACGAACAAUUCUAUCAAAAGCAGUACAAAUAGGACAGUUUCACCAGUCAAUACUGAACAGCCUAAGCCUGCACUCCCUGAAAACACAUCACACUCUAAAAAUCCAUUUUCUUUGGCAAAACCAACAUUAAAUAGAGCUUCCCCAUCUUCUGAAAUAUCUACUUCUGCUGAUAAAGGAAGCUGCACUCGAGUGGCACAACCAGUACCAACUCCCAGAGGAAUGCAAAAUGCAGUGACGAUUGAUGCCAACACAAUAUCAACAGCUUCUAAGGGUUUGUCAGCAUUUUCAUCAACAAUGUCAGGCUUUGAAAACCAACCAAAGCCACAAGGCCAGAGUAGCAGGCCACCUCCACCUAAAUGGAAUGGGCAGGUUCCAGAUGCAGCUACUCUGUCUUUAGCUGCAUCAGGUAUGUCAGCGAUGUCCUCAGUUGCUGCAUCAGCUUCAAAAUUCCAGUCCAAUAUUGACAGGCCGCAACCUUCCACCUAUAAAACUUCUGUAUCUCAACCUACUCCAUCAAUCCCUGAUGCAGCAACCAUCUCUGCCGCUGCCAAAGGACUUUCGUUUUUGUCGUCAGUUUCUUCCUCGCAAUCAAGACCAGUUCCUACAGCAAGAGCACCCUCUUUAUCUCAAAACACUAACAAAACCUCUGUAUCUCAACCUACUCCAUCGAUCCCUGAUGCAGCAACCAUCUCUGCAGCUGCCAAAGGACUUUCGUUUUUUUCGUCAGUUUCUUCUUCGCAACCAAGACCAGUUCCUACAGCAAGAGUGUCCUCGUCGUCUCAAAAUACGAUGUCAACAUCAAUGUCUUUAAAUUCAAUUAAUCAAAAACCUCUAAUACCUCAAAAAACUGCUCAGUUUAAUGUGCCGAGUCAAAGCGCCAUGAAAGAUAUAGCAAGUAUGUUUGAUCCAAUAGCUACUACCACAAAGCCACAGCAGGAGAAAACACCAGCAUCUCGUAAUUCUGACUUACUUCUGGCACUAGGCGGCGGUAAAAUGAGUACACCGACUCGUAAAGCACCUUCUAUUCCCAAGUCAAAGCCAAAGGUGAGCCCUACGCCCACCCGUAAGCAAACAAGUACUCCGCCUGUUAAUCAGACCUCUAACACCAACACCUCAUUAUUACAACCAAAAGCGGCAGUACGACCUACAAUUAUACGACCGUCAGCUAAACCAUCAAACAAGAAAAAAGCUCCCCCUAGGCCCUCUACUGGUCCAAAUCUUAAGACCAUGAAAGCAAAAGCAGCUCCAAGGCAGCCAAUGCAGGCUAGUGCAAUGAAAAAUUCAAAGAAACCUAAUGCGAAGACAAAGAGGCCAGCACCUGCACGACCAGGCCCACCACCACCAGCAGUAGUAAGUGGCUUACCUCCAAGGCCGGGACCUGGCCAUCCUUUAUUCAAGUAUACAGUUGAAAAGCCACAUAGUAUUGCACAGUUCUCCUUCCAAGCAACGAACAGUGAUGAACUCUCAUUUGAGGAAAAUGAUGUAAUUAUUUUAUUGAGGGAAGUGAAUGCUGAUUGGUUUUGUGGGCGCAAUAAAGACAAAGAAGGAAUAUUUCCUAAGAAUUUUGUCAGAGUCAUCAAACCGUUAUCGAGUGAGGAGAAAGAGAAAGAGAAGGAGAUUGAGGAAAUCUCUGGGCCGUGUGCAGUAGCCCUGCAUGCCUACCAAUCAGAUGCUGCAGAUGAUCUCUGCUUUGAUGCAGGUGACAACAUCCAACUACUGGAGAGGAUGAAUGACCAAUGGUAUAAGGGAGAGUGCAAUGGAAACACAGGGAUGUUUCCAAAGAAUUUUGUUGAAGUUAUUGAAGACAUUCCAGAAAGUGUACAAAUUAAAGUUGAUUCACCAGUAAGUUCUGGUAGUGGACCAAGAUGUAAAGCCCGCUUUGAUUAUGAGAGUGAUGAACCCUCUGACCUAACAUUUGAAGAGGGCACCCUAAUCAAACUCGUUGCACGAGUCGGAGAUGAAUGGCUGAAGGGUGAACUGAAUGGUCGUGCUGGAAUCUUCCCUCAAGCAUAUGUUGAAAUUAUUGAAGAUUUGGCUGGGGGACCAGAUAACGAUGAUGGUAUUGUUAUGGCCCUGUUUGAUUUUGAUGGUGCUGAUAGCUCAGAGCUUAGCUUUAAAAUGGGUGAUAAAAUAUUUGUAAAAAGUCGGAUAAAUAGUGAAUGGCUUGUUGGAGAGCUUAACGGUAAUGAAGGCAGCUUCCCAGCCAACUUUGUCGACAACAUUCCGGCAAACCUUCCAUCAGCAGCUAAUUCACCCUGCAACAUGCCUAGCGAUGAUGCAGCUCAGGGUACAUGUACUGCUGUGUUUGACUUUGAUGCAGGGGAUGAGGACGAGUUGUCCAUUAGAACGGGGGACACCAUCACUAUUGUGGAAGCUGUGGGUGAUGACUGGUUGAGGGGGAGGCUCAAUGGAAAAGAGGGUAUAUUCCCAAGAAACUUUGUCGAAAUGCAAGAAGGGGGUUCUGGCGCAAAGAUGACUGUGAAAGCAUUGUUUGAUUUCCCUGCCAAAAUGCAUGAUGACCUUGGCUUUAAGGUCAAUGACAUCAUUACUGAUGUAGUCAGCGUUUCAGACGACUGGUACGAGGGCAGUCUAAAUGGAAAGGUUGGCCGAUUUCCAUCAAACUUUGUGGAAGUUAUUUCUUCUUGAUAUUCCACACUGCGAUAUACAUAUAUAAUUUCACACUUAAUUUAUGUUGUAAAUGAUAUACUUACAGUGUUUCUGACUUCACCUCUGAUUUGCAUAUUUUUAAUAAUGUACAUUUGCGUGAUGUGUUGCAAUCAGUGUCGUAUCAACGAUUAUUGACAUGGCACGGAUGUAGGAGAAGGUACGAUGUGACAUCGAUGGGGAGCUAUCUGGGUAAAGAUGAAAUUAGGUAAUGUUUUAACUACAUUAAAUUAGUGCAGCACCCCUUAAAUAUGCCACUGGUUGAAAUUAAUUUUAAUAGGAAGUGUAAAUGUGGCAUUAUCAUCCUACAUACAGUACCUCUGUCUACACUGUCAUAUGUGAUAUUUAUGUGACAAAUUUUUUUAAUGUGCCCAUAUAUGUGCAUUAUGAUGUCAUAUUGCACCCAAAUAUGGGCAUAUCACAUUUAUUUUUCACAUAAAAUUUGGUAGAGUGUGGACGUAGAUUUAGAUUUGGGAUGUUUACAUUUUUAACAGCCAUAAAAGGAUUCUGUUUUUACAAUAUAUCCGUAAAAGCAUUCUGUGUUUACAAACUAUCCAGCACCUUUUAGGUGAUCUUGAGGGAAUGCUGCAGCCACACCAAAUCAUGUCAAUGGCCCAAGAUAGCAACUGGAGAAAACUUGUGGUCGCCUGCUCCGCAGCCGACUGAUGAUGAUGAUGAUGAUGAUGAUGAUGAUGAUGAUGAUGAUGAUAAUGAAAAGAUG